AUGUCAUCGACAACUCCGAUAAAUGAAAACUUGUUCGAUUUUUUGAUAAUUGGAACGGGUUAUACGCAGUCUUUGCUUUCUAGUGCACUCGCUUCUUCUGGCUACAAGUGCUUGCAUGUCGAUAAGAACGAUUACUAUGGGGGUAGCUGGGCCACGCUUCCUCUAUCCUCCUUCACAGCACCUUCACAAAUCAACAAAGUCGACAAUCCACACAAGUUCCUGAUCAGUCUGCACCCCAGUGUGCUUCUUACGCAGAGAAACGCACCAACGCAGCUGCAGAACAUUCUCAAAUCGUCGAUAUUCAAUUACCUCGAAUUCAAACUUGUUGAUGGAUUGGUGUACAACGCCAGCGGGCAGUUUACCCAGAUACCUAAAUCGAAGCAGGAAGUCUUUCGAAGUGAUAUUAACGUGCGAGAGAAGCGUAUGUUGAUGAAAUUCCUCCAGUCGGUGUCUAAUGGGGACUACAAAAGCGGGGCGAAUGUGAAACUGAGUGAGUUUGAUGCAGGAAUACCAACCAAGCUAUUUCACUCGCUUGUGUUCUCAUUCGGGAUGGCUAUCUCGCUGUUUGAGCCAUCUCACCAGGUACUCGAUCGCAUUGCUUCGUAUCUGCAUGCUCAUGGCGCUUACGGACCGUCGAGCUUCCUCUACGCGCAGUAUGGGGGUGUUGGCGACAUAAUACAGGGAUACUGCAGAUCGAGCGCUGUACGCGGCACUACAUUCAUUCUCAACCACGACAUCGAGGAUGUGGUAGAAUGUGAUGGGCGAUACAACAUACGAAUGAGUGGUAUAGAUGGGGUGUUCAAUGCGGGCUGUGUGAUAGGCCACACGCCCACACUCACCCCAUUCGGUAUAUCAACAAACGAGAAGCGUCGGAAUGAGCUGGGGAGGGUAGUGAUGGUGCUGAGUAACCCGCCAACCCUCAACCCGCUCCCUGAAUCACCCAUCAUCGUCUACGAGCCAGGUAUUGCCUUCGCUAAUGCUGUUCAGGCGCAUUAUGAGGGUGCUAGCGCGGGAGUGUGUCCUGUGGGGUAUUAUAUGGUUUAUCUAGUGGUAAAUCUGGUGGGCAACGAGCGUGGAAGACUUGAGGAUCUCUUUCGACCAUAUAUCACCAGCCUCAUCGAGACAGAAGACGAUAUUGCGUUUAUGUCAAUAUACACCGAGGAGGAGGUGGAGUAUGAGGAUGUGGAUGCAGACAAGGACAAUAUACACACCGUCAGCACGCCAAUCACAGUCACAGCGCCAUUUAUCCAGCCUUCCGAGUGUGCGGUGGAGGAAGCGAUGCGUAUCUACCAGGCGGCUACGGGGAAGGCAGAAAUGUUCGCGGAGGAGGAUUGA